AGCGGCUGGUUCGGCCCAGAGUCCCGGUCUCAGACCCGCCGGCCGGAGCCGCCGCCCCUCCCCCGCCUCCGGUGCACCCGGGACAAUCCUCGCCUUGUCUGCGGCGCCGGCAUCUGGAGCUUUCUGCAGCCUCCGGAUACGCCUUUUUUCCAGGGCGUGGCCCCACCCCGGCUGCUCCCCGCGGCGGCCGCACAGCAGCCCGGGCGCCCCCUUCCCGCCGCCCCCGUCCGGAGCUGGGAUCAAGGCGCGCCGCUCAGAUCCCGGGAUCCUGGGUGCUGUCUGGGCCCGCUCCCCACUAUGGCCUCCUCGGGCCCGGGACCCCGGAUCCUGCUGCUCUUGCUGCUGCUGCUGCUGCUGCUGCCCCCAGCGGCUUCAGCCUCCGACCGGCCCCGGGGCCGCAACCCGGUCAACCCAGAGAAGCUGCUGGUGAUCACUGUGGCCACCGCUGAGACUGAGGGGUACUUGCGUUUCCUGCGCUCUGCAGAGUUCUUCAACUACACCGUGCGGACCCUGGGCCUGGGAGAGGAGUGGCGAGGGGGUGAUGUGGCCCGAACAGUUGGUGGAGGACAGAAGGUCCGGUGGCUAAAGAAAGAAAUGGAGAAAUACGCCGACCGGGAGGAUAUGAUCAUCAUGUUUGUGGACAGCUAUGAUGUGGUUCUGGCCGGCGGCCCUUCAGAGCUGCUGAAGAAGUUUGUCCAGAGUGGCAGCCGCCUGCUCUUCUCUGCGGAGAGCUUCUGCUGGCCCGAGUGGGGGCUGGCAGAGCAGUACCCUGAGGUGGGCACGGGGAAGCGCUUCCUCAACUCUGGUGGAUUCGUCGGCUUUGCCACCACCAUCCAUCAAAUCGUCCGCCAGUGGAAGUACAAGGAUGACGACGAUGACCAGCUGUUCUACACACGGCUUUACCUGGACCCAGGACUGAGGGAGAAACUCGGCCUUAAUCUGGAUCAUAAGUCUCGGAUCUUUCAGAAUCUCAACGGGGCUUUAGAUGAAGUGGUUUUAAAGUUUGAUCGGAACCGUGUGCGUAUACGGAACGUGGCCUACGACACGCUCCCCGUUGUGGUCCAUGGAAAUGGUCCUACUAAGGUGCCACCAGUGGCUUCAACCCCUGCCCUGCCCUGCCCCAACCCCUGGGCAUCUCCAACCCUUCUGAGAAGCCGGCCCUCCCCAGCUCCCACAGCAGAGGUGCCCCACCUCCACCCUGGAGGCCUCAGCCACUCAGCCUCUGUCUCUCCCCAACAGCUGCAGCUCAACUACCUGGGAAACUAUGUCCCCAACGGCUGGACUCCCGAGGGAGGCUGUGGCUUCUGCAACCGGGACCGGAGGACACUCCCGGGGGGGCAGCCUCCCCCCCGGGUGUUUCUGGCCGUGUUUGUGGAACAGCCUACCCCAUUUCUGCCCAGCUUCCUGCAGCGGCUGCUGCUCUUAGACUAUCCCCACGACAGGAUCACCCUUUUCCUGCACAAUAACGAGGUCUUCCAUGAGCCUCACAUCGCUGACUCCUGGCCGCAGCUCCAGGAACACUUUGCAGCCACGAAGCUGGUGGGGCCAGAGGAGGCUCUGAGCCCAGGCGAGGCCAGGGACAUGGCCAUGGACAUGUGUCGGCAGGACCCCGAGUGCGAGUUCUACUUCAGCCUGGACGCUGAUGCUGUCCUCACCAACCCACAGACCCUGCGCAUCCUCAUUGAGGAGAACAGGAAGGUGAUUGCCCCCAUGCUGUCCCGCCACGGCAAGCUGUGGUCCAACUUCUGGGGUGCCCUGAGCCCUGACGAGUACUACGCCCGCUCUGAGGACUACGUGGAGCUGGUGCAGAGAAAGCGAGUGGGCGUGUGGAAUGUGCCAUACAUCUCCCAGGCCUAUGUGAUCCAGGGGGAGACCCUGCGGAUGGAGCUGCCCCAGAGAGAGGUGUUCUCAGGCAGUGACACGGACCCGGACAUGGCCUUCUGUAAAAGCUUUCGAGACAAGGGCAUCUUCCUCCAUUUGAGCAAUCAGCACGAAUUUGGCCGGCUCCUGGCCACUUCCCGAUACGACACAGAGCACCUGCACCCCGACCUCUGGCAGAUCUUCGAUAACCCCGUUGACUGGCAGGAGCAGUACAUCCACGAGAACUACAGCCGGGCCCUGGAAGGGGAGGGAAUCGUGGAGCAGCCAUGCCCAGACGUGUACUGGUUCCCACUGCUGUCAGAACAAAUGUGUGAUGAGCUGGUGGAGGAGAUGGAGCACUACGGCCAGUGGUCAGGUGGCCGGCAUGAGGAUUCCAGGCUGGCUGGAGGCUACGAGAACGUGCCCACUGUGGACAUCCACAUGAAGCAGGUGGGGUAUGAGGACCAGUGGCUGCAGCUGCUGCGGACGUAUGUGGGCCCCAUGACUGAGAGCCUGUUUCCCGGCUACCACACCAAGGCGCGAGCGGUGAUGAACUUUGUAGUCCGCUACCGGCCGGACGAGCAGCCCUCUCUACGGCCACACCAUGACUCAUCCACCUUCACCCUCAACGUCGCCCUCAACCACAAGGGCCUGGACUAUGAGGGAGGCGGUUGCCGCUUCCUGCGCUACAACUGUGUGAUCUCGUCCCCGAGAAAGGGCUGGGCCCUCUUGCACCCCGGCCGUCUCACCCACUACCACGAGGGGCUGCCCACGACCCAGGGCACGCGCUACAUCAUGGUGUCCUUUGUCGACCCCUGACACUCAACCACUCUGCCAAACCUGCCCUGCCGUUGUGCCUUUUUAGGGGGCGUGGCCCCCAUCCUGGGAGUCGGGGGAUGAGUCUCUCCCUCUCCCCGUUUCCUGAGUGCAUACUCUGUGUGCCUGAACUGAAUGUGUCUCGUUGCUCCCAACACACAGCCCUCUCAGGAAGCUGCUGGAGUCCCCGCCUCUCCCCUCCGCCCCCAGGGGUUCAUGGGGACUGGGCUUCUGGGGGCUCCCUGCGUGAUAAAUUAUGAACGUUCCUCAGCCUCAGUCCCAAUAAAGGACAGUUUGUAA